AUGCUAUAUCAAUUAGUAUUCGGUCAAGAACCCCAAGCAGAUUUACGAAUUAUCUCGAUACUUUACCAACAAAAUAUUAUAAUUACAAUAAAUGAUGAUAGCGAUAAAGAAUAUAAUCUUAAAUUUAACAAUUCAAAUGAAGCCAAUCUUGAAUCUAACAAUUCAAAUAAAAGUGAUCUUGAAUUUAACAAUUUAAAUGAAGAUUAA